CUGGGAAACAAUGUUACAAUGGCGGGAAUUGUCAGUCAUCAAACUGCAUAUGUCCAGAUGGAGUUUUUGGAGACCACUGUGAAUACACAGAUAUACGAGGUACUUCUUUUCUGCUCGUAUUUCCUCAGACACAAUACCCUGACUGCCAAUCACAGCAAGCUCUCAUAGGAACAAGACAAAAUGGGAUUUUUCACAAAUUCUCUUUUUCCUCUCAUUAUAAUACUUCAAUACAAUUCUCACCAAAGCUGUAUACCACACACUUUAACAAAAGUAUUGCUAUGACGUCGGAUGGCACAUUUCUUCAUGGUGUUGAAUUAUCUUUCAGUUCUAAAGUCAGUUUAUAUGCCUUGACAUACUGUAAUAAAUCUACAGAGAAAUACAGCGAAGGCUAUAUGGCUAUACCAACUAAUUUCCUAUCAACAAAAUACAUUAUUCCUAUGUAUACAGCUAAUUCUCAUUAUGCUCUAAUUGUAGUAGCAGCAUUUAAACCAAACACUAUAGUUAACAUUUAUCAAAAACGAAAUAAAGCAAAAUACACAUUUAAAAACGUUGUCUUAAGUGCGUAUGAAACCUACCAAAUUUCAAACUCUUAUGAUCUUUCUGGAACUCUUAUAACUAGUACUGAACCCAUAGCUGUUGUGAGUGGCCAUGUGGAUAAUUAUGUAGCAGCUGGUGGCUUGAAUCCUUUUAUGGAAAUGGUGCUACCAUCAGAUCAGUGGGAUAGAGUUUAUGUGAUUCCUCAUAUAGCCAGACGGCCAUCUAAGAUUGUCCGAAUUUAUAGUAACCAACCAACAAAUGUAACUGUGCAUUAUCAGUAUAAAAUAGAAUCAAAAUCUAUUCCAGAGAGAAGUUUUAUAGAUUUUGAUCACGGCGUGAUAUCGUAUUUCAACGCUAGUAACGAUGUUAUGGUAAUGGUAUUUCCAAAGGGGCUUGCUGAUUAUUCCGGUGACUCCUAUAUGAUGACAGUUCCGGGUAUCAACCAGUACUUAUCAGCAUAUGAGUUCGCGGUGCCUUCAGAAUUUACCAACUUUAUAAGCAUCACAGUAUCAUCCAAUGCCCGGGAUGGAUUUAUUCUUGAUGGGAACCCAAUGAAUCACGAGAACGGUAGUCAUAUCUUUGGUGGGCCGAAUCAUUAUUCUACAUUUACAAUGCCAAUCCAUAGUGGUGUUCAUCAGAUCAGUCAUACAGCCAACGUCCGAUUUGGUCUGUGGGUAUAUGGUGACGGUCCAAAAGAUGGUUACGGGUACCCGGCCGGAAUGGCAUUCAGGACCAAUACCAAGUUAAUCUGAUUCAGCCGGAAUAACAUUACAGUUCAAUAGAAAUUAAAUGUUA